AUGUCGCCGGUGCUCUUUGCACUAGACACUGGAGUUGGCGUGUUCGAGUUCUGUGACCUCAUGGCUGGAGCGCAUUUGAAGCCUGCAUUCUUGGAGAAAAACCCGUUCCACACCAUCCCAACAUAUGAGGGCAAGGACGGCUACAUGCUGGGAGAGUCCAACGCCAUUUUGCGCUACAUGGCGGCGAAGUACCGGCCCGAGUACUACCCGGACGGCGACGCAAAGAUGCGUGCCCGCAUCGACUGGGCCAUGGACUCGAUGGGCACAUCGGUGUACCAGAAAUGGAAUCAGCGCACCUACCCUGUUCUGGGAUUUGGCUCCCAUCCCGCAGAUCAG